AUGCAAAAAAUUCAAAACGAGGUGAAGCGAAGAAGUCGCUUCUUCAAAUGGGACGAGAAGUUUUACAGUAGCAAGUUAAAGGUGGAAAAGAAGGCGGAGAGUGGGCAUCAGAAGGGGAAGGAGAAGAGGUACAACCUGUGGAGGUGGGGGUGCUCAGGCGAAAGCAUUUUUUCCUCAGUGAAGGUUGGAGAGAAAAACAAAAUGCCGGAAAAAGUACCAAAUUUCCAAAAUGCAAAAAUUGAAAAACUAUCAGCUGGGUGCAAUCACUCAGCUUUUAUAGUCGACGGAAAAAUAUACACCUACGGUUUGAAUGACAAAGGCCAACUAGGAAGGUCGAUAGAGGAGGAGAAGGAUGGAAAUAAAAAUUAUUCCCUAACACCAAAGGUAGUGAAGACGGAUGGAGAUAUAAAAUUCAGAGAUGUAUGUUGUGGUUUCAAACACACAUUGGCAGUAGAUGUAAAUAAUAACUUAUACAGUUGGGGAUGGGGUGGCAAUUUUUUUAAAGGAGCAAAUGGACUGGGGCAUGGAAACAAGCAGAAUUUAAGUACCCCGAAAAAAGUAGAGACAUUCAAAAGUGAUGAUUCUGAAUUUGUAAAUAUCUGUUGUGGUGAUCAACACAGUUUAGUAUUAACAAAAAAUGGGAAGGUAUACGCAUGUGGACGAGGUGAGUUUGGUAGAUUAGGUAAAGGAAACCACGGGGAUCAAUUAUUUUUUGAAGAAAUUGAUUUUUUCAUUAGUAACAAUAUCAUUGUGAAGGAAAUUUCAUGUGGUCAUAGUUUUUCUGCAGCCUUGUCAACUCAUGGGGAGGUCUACGUUUGGGGAAGGAAUGACUAUGGACAACUGGGCAUAGAAAAUAGUAUCGGAGAUUUAUACUCUCAUGAGGUAUACCCAAAUAAGGUGAAAUAUUUCGACAUGGAAAAUAUAAAAAUAAAAUUUAUUGCUUGUGGUGACAAUCAUAUGAUUGCUUGCUCAGAAAAUAAUGUCAUAUUUUUUUGGGGAUCCAGGGCAUGGUUGGAACCUAAAGCCAUAACCCUUAGCCCCCUCUACCAAAAUAGCAUAAUUAAAAAAAAUAUAGAUAAAAUACAGGCAGGUGGAAAUACCUACUACUAUUCUAUGCUUCUUUCCGACAAUAAAUUGUACUCUUGGGGAAAAUACAAUUCCUCCUGUUUGGCUUUAAAGGAUAAAAAAAAUCAUAACGAACCUACGCUCGUGGACACCGAACUUUUUAAUGGAGAAAUCGUUUGCGACAUUUCUUGUGGCCGAGGAAGGGUUCUCGCCAAGACCUUGGUCGUGGAUUGA